CGCUGAACAGCUAAACAGGAUGAAACUUUGAUCCAAUAUAAAACGAUAAAAAAUCUGCUGCUGCUGACGUUAUCAUGGCUCUGAAGGCUCAGGUUCUGUACAACUUCACGGCUGAACCAGGAAACAACGAGCUGUCGGUCAGAGAGGGAGAGACACUCACUGUGCUCAGCCAGACUGUGGGUAGAGGCUGGAUCGAAGUCCAGAACUCCAGCGGACGAACUGGACUGGUACCAGAGGGAUAUUUACAGGUUGGAAAUGUCGGCAGUGGUGAAGGGGGUGGGGCUUAUGUCUCUCACAGUACAGGAGGGUGGGAUAGUCAUGGAUACACGCACACACAAGCUGUUGACGACGAGGACGGCGAGUGGGACGAUGACUGGGAUGAUCAGUCAGUGGGCGGUUAUCACGGUAAUAAUCAGCUGGAUGGGGAGGGUGGAGCUUCAGGACAAAGUACCCACGGACCCUCCAUGAAGAUCUCCCUGAACAAGUUUCCGUUCUCCAAAGGUCCGAGUCCAGAAGUCUUCUUAUUGGCCAAACCACCAGCUGACAGCAGAGACCGACUUCCUGUCUAUAUGGGAGAGGUGGGUCCGGUCUGGUUGUACCCGUCAUCCUCUCUGGACUGUGUGAUCGCUGAUCCCAAGAAAGAAUCCAAACUGUACGGACUGAAGAGCUUCAUCGAGUACCAGCUCACCCCCAGUACAACUAACAGACCUGUAAAUCAUCGCUACAAGCAUUUUGAUUGGCUGUACGAGCGUCUUCUGGAGAAGUUCGGAUCAGCGCUGCCCAUCCCCCCACUGCCUGACAAACAGGUCACAGGCAGGUUUGAGGAGGACUUCAUCAGGAUGAGGAUGGAGCAUUUACAGGCCUGGAUGAGUCGAAUGUGUCGUCAUCCCGUCGUGUCUCAGAGCGACGUCUUUCAGCUCUUCCUCACCUACAGAGAUGAGAAGGAGUGGAAGGCGGGGAAGAGGAGGACGGAGAGAGACGAGGCGGUGGGACCCAUGAUCUUCACUCUGAUUGAAUCUGAAGCUGCAGAGCUUGAUGCUGCUCAGGUUGAACAGAGGUGUGAGCAGUACAGUCAAUUCACAAAGUCAAUGGAUGACGGAGUCCGAGAGCUGCUGAACGUUGGACAUGCACACUGGAAACGCUGCACCGGACCGCUUCCUAAAGAGUACAAGCGGAUUGGUCGAGCCUUCAGAAACCUUUCAAAUGUUUUCAACAGCAGCAAAUAUCCAGGAGAAGAGACGUUAACAAACGCUAUGACAGUUGCUGGAGAAACCUAUGAGGAGAUUGCUGUGAUCGUCGCACAGCAGCCUCAGAAGGAUCUUCACUUCCUGUUGGAGACAAACAGCGAGUACAAAGGUUUACUGAGCUGUUUCCCAGAGAUCAUCGCUGUACACAAGGCUGCAGUGGAGAAGGUGAAAGAAGCGGAUCGUCUGGUUUCUGCAGGAAAAAUCAACAACAACGACAGGAAGUGGAUGAACCAACGAAUCAGCUGCAUGAGCUACUCACUGCAGGCUGAGAUGAAUCAUUUCCAUAGUAACCGUAUCUAUGACUACAACAGAGUGAUGCAGCUUUACCUGGAACAACAGGUGACCUUCUACCAGCAGAUUGCUGAUAAGCUGAGAGCAGCUCUGAGCCAGUUCACCACACUGUGAGGACAAUGACAUCACAGCCUGAUGAUGUCACAGCCCAAUGAGGUCACAGCCCAAUGACAUCAUCCAUUACACAUUUAACAAAAUAAAAUGUUUUCAAACUGAUUUGAAAAACUUUCAAACUUUAUUUAAAUGUUUCUCUGGUUGAUGAACGAGCAUGAACUUAAUUCUUCUUCUUCUGCCUUAAUU